AUGGACCGCAGCCUGGAAGAGAUCAUUGCAGAAGACACUCACAAGACGGGUCGUUCCUCCGGUGGCCGUCGCGGCCAAGGCCGCCGUCGUGGUGAUCGCGAUGGCAUCAAAAAGCCACGCGCCCAAGAGCCAUUCGACCUGAACCUCGACUGGGUUCACGACAAGUACAAGGACGUUGCCGACGAACGUCACGUUCCCUCCCGUACAUCCCGCCGUCGCCAAUCCCCCAACCGCGGUAGCUCGGGUCUGACCAAGGUUCGCGUCGAGAAUCUCCACUACGAUGUUUCCGAAGGCGAACUUGAAGAACUUUUUGAACGAAUUGGCCCGGUUACCGAACUCAACGUCGCUUACGACCGCGCUGGACGCUCCGAAGGCGUUGCGUACAUCACGUACAAGCACCUCAAAGACGCACACGAGUCGAUCGAACGGUUUGACGGUGCGAAUGCGAAGGGCCAACCGAUCCGCCUGAGUCUCAUUCCCGGCCGUCGCGGCGGUGACCGCGAUGAACGUGGCGGCGGCAGUCUCUUCGACCGUGUGGGGGGUCGCGGACAUGACCGCAGCCUGAGCCCUGGCGGUCGUCGCAGCGACGUCUCCAAGCCCGCACCCGAGCACAUUGACCGAUAUGUUCCCGGAUCACAGACCUCCAACCGUCGCGAUGGACGCGAUGCACGCGAUGCACGCCGUGGCCGACGCGACAGACGCCCCCGAAACGCCAAUGGCAAUGCCGAGAACGGUGGCCGCCGCUCUAACGUUCGGCCCCGUAAGACUCAGGAAGAGCUUGAUCAGGAGAUGGAGGACUACUGGGGUGGAAACAAUGGUGGAGAGACUGCUGCACAGCCCGAACAGGUCGGUCAACAGGCUGCCCCCGCCGAGACCGCUGCUGCUGCUGCUGCUCCUGCGGCUACCGCGCCGGCUGCUGCAGACGAUGACAUCGACAUGAUCGAGUAA